AUGUGGGGGAACAAAAGGCGACAACAUGUACUGAGUACUGGAGACGGUGGUACUGGAGAUGGUAGUACUGGAGACGGUGGUACUGGUGACGGUGGUAAUGGAGACGGUAAUACUGGUGACGGUGGUACAGUAGUACUGGUGACGGUAGUACUGGUGACGGUGGUACUGGAGACGGUAGUACUGGAGACUGUAGUACUGGUGACGGUGGUACUGGAGAUGGUAGUAUUGGAGACUGUUGUACUGGAGACGGUGGUACUGGAGACGGUGGUACUGGUGACGGUGGUACUGGAAACGGUGGUACUGGAGACGGUGGUACUGGUGACGGUGGUACUGGAGACGGUGGUACUGGUGACGGUGGUACUGGAGACUGUAGUACUGGUGACGGUAGUACUGGAGACGGUAAUACUGGAAACGGUGGUACUGGAGACGUUUACUGGAGACGGUAGUACUGGAGACGGUGGUACUGGAGACGGUAGUACUGGAGACGGUGGUACUGGAGACGGUAGUACUGGAGACGGUAGUACUGGAGACGGUAGUACUGGAGACGGUAGUACUGGAGACUUGGUGUACUGGGACGGUACUGGAGACGGUUAUACGGAGGAGACGGUGGUACUGGUGACGGUAGUACUGGAGACGGUGGUACUGGAGACGGUGGUACUGGAGACGGUGGUACUGGUGACGGUGGUACUGGAGACUGUAGUACUAGAGACGGUGGUACGGGAGACUGUAGUACUGGAGACGGUGGUACUGGAGACGGUGGUACUGGUGACGGUAGUACUGGAGACGGUAAUACUGGAGACGGUGGUACUGGUGACGGUAGUACUGGAGACGGUGGUACUGGAGACGGUGGUACUGGAGACGGUGGUACUGGUGACGGAUGUACUGGAGACGGUAAUACUGGAGACGGUGGUACUGGUGACGGUGGUACUGGAGACGGUAAUACUGGAGACGGUAAUACUGGAGACGGUGGUACUGGUGACGGUAGUACUGGUGACGGUAGUACUGGAGACGGUAAUACUGGAGACGGUGGUACUGGAGACGGUAGUACUGGAGACUAGUACUGGAGACGGUGGUACUGGAGACGGUAAUACUGGAGACUGUUGUACUGGAGACGGUAAUACUGGAGACGGUGGUACUGGAGACGGUGGUACUGGAGACUGUAGUACUGGAGACGGUGGUACUGGAGACGGUAAUACUGGAGAAGGUGGUACUGGUGACGGUAGUACUGGAGACGGUGGUACUGGUGACGGUAGUACUGGUGACGGUAGUACUGGAGACGGUGGUACUGGAGACGGUGGUACAGUAGUACUGGUGACGGUAGUACUGGAGACGGUGGUACUGGAGACGCUGGUACUGGUGACGGUAGUACUGGAGACGGUAGUACUGGAGACGGUGGUACUGGAGACGGUGGUACAGUAG